GGGUCUGAAAGCCUGCAUCCAUUUUAAAUGGUUAGGGGCUGAUCAAAAUAAACAGGGCAUAUGCGUAAAUAAAUUACAAGCUCACUACAUAUAAAUCCAAACCCUAGGCUCCCUUUCUCCGCUAAAAACCCUAGCUCCCUGCUUCUCAUUUCCUCACUCCACACACCCCCACUGAAAUGGCCACCGCCGCCGCACGCCCUCUUGUGUCCGUCCAAACCCUGGAGGGCGACAUGGCAACCGACGGCGGGAACGCCGUCCACUUGCCGGACGUGAUGAAGGCUCCGAUCCGCCCGGACUUGGUGAACGAAGUCCACGCUAACAUGUCCAAGAACAGCCGUCAGCCGUACGCCGUCAGCCGCCGCGCCGGACAUCAGACCUCCGCCGAGUCCUGGGGGACUGGUCGUGCCGUAUCCCGUAUCCCCCGUGUUCCUGGAGGCGGAACCCACCGCGCCGGACAGGGUGCCUUCGGAAACAUGUGCCGCGGUGGUCGGAUGUUCGCUCCGACCAAGAUCUGGCGGCGAUGGCACCGGAGGAUCAACCUCAAUCAGAAGAGGUUCGCCGUUGCGUCCGCCAUCUCCGCUUCUGCCGUCCCUGCCCUCGUCAUGGCUCGAGGCCACCGCAUCGACACUGUCCCGGAGAUUCCUCUUGUUAUUGGGGAUUCUGCUGAGAGCGUGGAGAAAACAUCGGGUGCGAUCAAAAUUCUGAAGCAGAUAGGUGCUUAUCCAGAUGCAGAGAAGGCCAAGGACAGCCAUUCGAUCCGCCCCGGAAAGGGUAAAAUGCGAAACCGCAGGUACAUUUGUAGGAAAGGCCCGUUGAUUGUUUAUGGAAACGAGGGAUCGAAGCUCGUCAAGGCCUUCCGUAAUAUUCCGGGUAUUGAGGUCGCCAACGUUGAGCGCCUCAACCUUUUGAAGCUUGCGCCUGGUGGCCACCUCGGAAGAUUCAUUAUCUGGACCAAAUCAGCCUUUGAGAAGCUGGACUCAAUCUAUGGUUCGUUUGACAAGCAGUCAGAGAAGAAGAAGGGUUACGUCCUGCCUCGGUCUAAGAUGGUUAAUGCGGACUUAUCUAGGAUCAUCAAUUCGGAUGAAAUUCAGUCUGUUGUCAGGCCGGUGAAUAAGGUCGUCAAGAGGGCACCAAUGAAGAAGAAUCCUCUGAAGAAUUUGAAUGUACUUUUGAAGCUCAAUCCAUAUGCUAAGACUGCAAGGAGGAUGGCGCUUUUGGCCGAGGCUCAGCGUGUAAAGGCCAAGAAGGAGAAGCUAGAUGAGAAGAGGAAGCAAGUUCCGAAGGAAGAGGCAGCUGCAAUCAACGCCGCAGGUAAGGCAUGGUACCAGACUAUGAUUUCAGACAGUGACUACACAGAGUUUGAGAACUUCUCCAAGUGGCUUGGUGUCUCCCAGUAAUUUUGUUUUCUGUUUUCAAAAUUUUCUUAUAGACCUUAGUUUUGUUUAAUUUGUUUUGUGUUUGGUAUCAAAUUGCUUGAUCUGCUCCUCCGAGUUUAUGGAUGAGUUAGGUGGGAAGGGAAAUACUGAAAUAAAGCUACACCAUUACAGACAUUGGGUUUUUCCCUUCCCUCUCUGGACCCCGCAUACACGGGAGCUAUGUGCAUCGGGCUGCCAUUUUUUGUCAAGGUUCUAGUUAGGUGGAGAAAAUUUUAUUUGCUACAGUACUGGUAUUGAAUAUGCUAGGACUCAAUUUGGUGAUUGAAAAACGGAUUACUUACUGUGUGAUCUUUAAAUUACAUUGGUAUUUUACUUAAAUUUUUUGCUC